CAAAUCGAGCCGCAAUGUCGGUCGGGUUUCGACCUGGGGAUAUGUGAACUGUGCUGGGAAACGCCUGGAAGAUUGAGCAAAUAAUAGAUUGGGCAAGAUGAAAGAAUUUUUUCUCGUCAUUCUCUCCAUCACAUUAGGCUACCUCCAUGGGGAAUCAACAACCCACAUUCCCAUUAACCGAGGUGCUGCCCGUCAGAUGUAUGGCAGCGGAAGUCUUCGGCAAACAAGCAGUUCUUCUCUAAUUGAUCCCACAGCACCGACCGAACACGAAGACCCUAAAUAUCCUCGCAAAGACAAAAAUGGUCUUCGCUCCGAGGAAAAGACACACCUUCCCGGCCAUCGAGAUCAUUCAGAUGAUUCUGGACACGGUUACGGAUACGGCAGCUCAAACACUCGGCACUCAAAGACUCACUCGCAAAUUCCCCCCGGAUUUCCGCCGUUCCCGCUAACUGAUGAAGACUAUGAGGCGAAUUUGGACGGUCCUAGCUACCGCAAUGGUGCACCCGUGGGUGGUAUGCGUAUACCAAACACCAAUGGUGGGAUUUAUGGACAGGGAGCUCCUGGUAUGGCCCGCGGCGGCCUGACCAGAAGCCGCGGACGCGAUGGAUAUUACGGAUCCUUUGAUGCCGGUGGUUACAACGGUGAAGUCCCACACAAGUCCAGGGUGAACAAUGGUUUGUAUCGAGGGCACGGCAUCGGUUCCAUGGGCGAGGCAAAUUCCGAUGGCUCAUUUCCAGAAUUGGUCCACGACUUUGACGACGAGAACGAUAAUUUGUACAUUCCGUGCAGAGAUAACUGCCCCAGCGACCAGUUUCUUUGCUUCCGCACUUGCGAGUGCAUAGAUAUACACCUGCGCUGCGAUGGACCUCUCGAUUGUGACAAUGGAGAGGACGAGAUAGACUGUGAGGAGAUCAUCGAAGCGAGAAAGUCCAAUGGCACUUGCUUUGGGGAACGCAGACUACUUUGUCCGGAGACUGGAUACUGUAUUGCGGUACAAUGGCUCUGCGAUGGUGAUGAUGAUUGCGGUGACUACUCCGAUGAAUCGAACUGCGGAGUCAAGAAGAACUGCACUCAGGAUCAAUUCGAGUGCCGAAAUGGUCUCUGUGUCCAGCAGACCUGGCGAUGUGAUGGUGAGAAUGACUGCAGGGAUUUAUCCGACGAGGAGAAUUGCAGCGAUCGAAAAAAAUGCAGAGAGGAUGAGUUCACAUGUCCAGAUGGUUCUUGUCUGCCCCGUAAAUACAUGUGCGACGGUGAGAAUGACUGUGAAGAUGGCUCGGAUGAAUUCAAAUGCCAUGGAAAUCGCGAGGUCGACUGUGACGAGAAUUACUUCGAAUGUGCAACAGCAAAAUGCAUCAGAAAAGAAUACCGUUGUGACGGUAGUGACGACUGUGGCGAUGCCAGUGACGAGGAAAAUUGCCCAAAUUUAAUGGACUGCAAUCCAGAUCAAUUCAAAUGCGGUACUGGCGAUUGCAUCAACAAACUACAGGUCUGCGACGGUCAGCACGAUUGUAACGCGGGGGAGGAUGAAGCGAACUGUGAACAUCCAACGCCCCGAGAAUGUUCAACACCCGACGAAUUCGUUUGCGGAGGAAAUUGUAUAUCCCGUUCGUGGGUUUGUGACGGAGUGCCAGACUGUUCCAACGGGGAGGACGAGGACGGAUGCCCUCUGACUUGUGACGCAACCCAGUACUUAUGCAAGUCACCUUCAGGUGCGAAUGACACAACAUCAAUUAAUAAAACCCCGCAUAUGCCGUUCCAGCUUACGCAAGCUCACUGCAUCAGCAAGAAACGUCUCUGCGAUGGAAUUCCUGAUUGUAUCCUCAAGGAGGACGAGGAGAACUGUCCGAAGAAGAGGAAUUGCACGUCGAGUGACAAAUGCAAACAGCAGUGCAUUACAACAGCGAAUAAUGAGAACGCUUGCGCCUGUGAUCCUGGCUUCACCCUGAACAGUGAUAAUUUCACAUGUCUCGACGUCAAUGAGUGUGAAUCCAGUAAAGAGCCAGUCUGCAGUCAACUCUGCAACAACACCUACGGGGCCUUCGUCUGUGGCUGCAUAACUGGUUAUGUCUUGAGAUCAGACGGCAGAACGUGCAAAGCUCAUGGCGGAAAUCCCAGCCUGAUCCUCACGAAUCGCGUGGACAUCAGGAGAGUCAGUCUGGCAUCUGCGACUGACGCCAGCUACACACCCAUUCUCAAAGGCCUGCACAACGCAAUUGCCGUUGACUAUCACUACGACAAGGGGCUUCUCUACUGGUCCGACGUGUCAUUAGACAUGAUCAAGAGGGUCUACGUCAACGGUACUAAUCCAGAAGACGUCAUUCGCUGGGGAUUGGAGAGUCCCGGAGGUGUAGCCAUCGACUGGAUCCAUGAUCUCCUAUUUUGGACGGAUUCGGGAACGAGAAGAGUGGAAGUCAUCACUCUAGACACUAAAGUUCGCCAUGUUCUAGUGUCGACGGAUUUGGAUAAGCCCAGGGGAAUAGCUGUGCAUCCUCACUACGGCUACGUAUUUUGGACUGAUUGGGGUCCCUCACCGAAGAUCGAACGAGCCGACAUGGACGGCACCGGUAGACAAGCUUUGGUAACAGAGGGGAUUACUUGGCCCAACGGUCUGACGAUUGAUUAUCCUACGGAAAGAAUAUACUGGACAGAUGCGAAACAUCCUGCCAUAAUGUCAGCAAAAUUGGAUGGUACCGAUAAGAAGAAAGUUCUCAGCAAAGGGCUUCACCAUCCUUUCGGUAUCACUGUUUUCGAGGACUUGAUUUAUUGGACGGACUGGCAUUUCAAGAGUAUUUCCUCGGCGAAUAAGGGAAACGGAAAGAAUUUCAAGACUAUUCGCUCUAAUCUGUACUUUCCCAUGGACAUUCACAGUUAUCACAAGCAGCGUCAGCCGUCUUAUCCAAAUCACUGUGGGAGUAACAAUGGAAGAUGUUCGCACAUGUGCCUACCCAACAGCGCUGGGUACAGCUGUGUGUGUCCAGUUGGUCUCAAGAUAAAGCACGAUGGCAAGAAUUGCGCUUCGACGAUAGACAAUCUCCUGAUCUUUGCGAGGAAACGAGACCUUAGGUUGAUACCCAUAGAUCAAUCAACUAGAGUAUUCGACACUGUCAUCCCAGUUGAUCAUGUUCAGAGUGCUGUUGCACUGACUUGGGACGCUGACGAGGAGAUGAUCUACUGGACUGACGUCGAAACCGACUCGAUCAGCAGAGCUCACCUCAAUGGAAGCAACCAGACUGUCGUAAUUAACAAUAACUUGGAGUCUCCUGCUGGCCUCGCAAUGGACUGGAUCACCAAGAAACUUUAUUGGACAGACGCAGGGACCAACAGGAUCGAGUGCUCAAAUCUGGACGGCACCAUGAGAACCCUUCUCGUCUACGAAGGGCUUGACAAACCUCGGGACAUCGUUGUCGAUCCCACUGUAGGAUACAUGUACUGGAGCGAUUGGGGGAUCAAACCGAAGAUUGAGAGAGCUGCUAUGGAUGGAAGCAAGAGAAAAGUCUUUGUAGGCGAAAACAUCAUGUGGCCAAACAGCUUGGCCAUUGAUUUCUCUAACAAGAGACUCUACUGGGCUGAUGGAGGAAUGAAGAGCAUAGAGUACGUGGACCUAGAUGGCAGGGAGGAAAGAGUUCUCGUGCGUUCCAAUCUGUCCCAUCCGUUCGGUCUAACGAUUCAUCAGAACAAGAUCUACUGGACUGACUGGGACACCAAGAGCAUCCACAGGGCGAAUAAGGACAAAGGCGUGAAUGCCACUGUUGUAAGGGCUCAGUUGGGAAAUCUCAUGGACAUUCGGGCGUUCCAUCGUAACCGGAAAGUUGUGCCUAAUCCAUGCAGAGAUAAUAAUGGUAAAUGCUCACAUCUGUGUCUGCUGACUGCUGACCCUCCGAGGUACAAGUGUGCUUGUCCCACUGGACUCAUCCUCGAGCCCGGCUCCAACCAGAGAAAGUGCAGACCAGUGCCCAAUCAGUUUCUGGUGUUCGCCCAUCGAAUUGACAUCAGAAUGAUCUCUUUUGAUGUCAAUUAUAAGGUGGACGUGCUUCUCCCGGUAAGCUAUCUGAAAAAUGCAAGUGGCGUUGAUGUUAAUCGGAGGACGGGUGAUGUCUACUGGACGGAUCCAGGGCAUGACGUGAUUACCAAGUCUAGUUUUGACGGGAAGAAUAUGAAAAAUAUCGUGUAUACUAGUAUUGAUACUGCUGACAGUCUUGUUGUGGAUUCAGUCGGGCAGAAGUUGUACUGGACUGACGCUGGAUUGAACAGCAUUGAAGUCUGUGAACUCGAUGGGAGAAAUCGAAAGGUCCUCAUAUGGUCGGGAUUGGAUAAUCCGAGAGCCAUUGCAGUGCAUUACGCAAAGGGGUUGAUGUUUUGGACAGAUUGGGGUCACAAUGCCAGGAUUGAAAGGGCGAAUAUGGAUGGGGAAGAGCGGUCUACUGUUGUUGCUGAUAAUCUGGUGUGGCCGAAUGGCUUGUCCAUUGAUACUCAGAACGAUAAACUCUACUGGAACGAUGCUAAACGUAAACUCAUUGAAGUGUCUGAUCUUGAUGGCAGCAACAGAAGAACUUUGAUUAAAAAUAUUCAACAUCCUUAUGGACUUUCUGUGAUGGGGGAUUACAUCUAUUGGAGCGAUUGGCAGACUAAAGCUAUUCAUCAAGCUAAUAAAACAUCGGGGAGUGAUCCGAAGAUGGUGGUGAAUAAGUUGGAGGGAAUUAUGGAUGUGAAAGCCAUCAGUAUUGACGACAUCAAGGGUCUUGAAGACGUCUGCAGAACCAACAAUGGUGGCUGCUCCCAUCUCUGUCUCCGCAAUCCCCGAAGUUACAGCUGCGCCUGUCCAACCGGAAUCCUCUUGAAAGACGACAAGAAAACUUGUUACUCAAGUCCAAAGAACUUCCUGCUCUUUGCAGCAUCAAAAUCCCUCGCUCGCAUAUCAUUUGACACAGCUGAGAAGUGGGAGGAGAGCCUGCCAAUCGCAGACAUCCACAAUGCUUACUCUGCGGACUUCCACUGGAAGAAGAGUCUCAUUGUUUACUCCGAUAUCAACCUCAGGCUCAUCAGAACUGUCAACAUGCACAACUUCUCAGAUACGAAGACAAUUAUCUCAGAGCCGGAGAAUUCAGAGCACUCGGAGUCAUCGCCGUUCAAGAUAGCUGUUGAUUGGCUGGCGAACAAUAUCUACUGGACGAAUAUGAAGAAGAGGGUGAUAGAAGUGGCGAGGAUCGAUGGAAGCAGUCGAAAAUGCCUGUUGACGGAUUUGGAUACUCCCUGGUCUAUCGCAGUCUUCCCGAAGCUCGGUUACAUGUUCUGGACUGAGUGGGGAAAGGAGUCUAAUAUUCAGAGGGCUUUACUCGAUGGCACCAACAAAAAGGCAAUAGUCAACAAGAAUCUGUAUUAUCCUAAUGGGUUGAGUAUCGAUUAUGAGAAGCGAAAGCUCUACUGGGCUGACUCGGUGAAAGACAGAAUCGAAAUGUCGGAUUUGAAUGGGAAUUACAGAAUUCAGCUGGUACCGAGGGCUGAGAGACCUUAUGGAUUGUCUCAGUAUGGAGAGUUUAUUUACUGGGCUGGGUGGGAUCAGACGUCGGUGAAGAGGGCUGAUAAAGCCACGGGAGACAGUUGGAUCAAUAUUAGGACUUCGCUGCAUGGGAUUAGCGAUGUUAAAGCGGUUUCUGAGGAGAGACAAAGGGGUUGGUCUCCUUGCGCUGUUGAUAAUGGCGGCUGUUCUCAUCUGUGCUUCUUUGUGAAGAAUAAUUACACGUGUGGGUGCCCCGAUAUUCCCGAUCCUAACUGUUCUACAGUUCCAAAGAAACGAGUUCCGAUCAGAAAACCUGGCACCGAAAACGACCCUGAUUACGAUGAGCAUAACGAAAACGAGAAAUCUGUUGAAGUAUUCACUAGACCCACUCACAGGGAUGGUAGCGAUAAAUUCAAGAAUUAUAAGAUUAACAAGGACAAAGGCUACACCACCAUGACCAUCACCAUAAUCGUCAUUGGUGGGAUAACAGUAGUGAUUAUUUGCGCUAUUAUUUAUCUCGUCUGUCAGAGGAAGCCUAAGCAGGAGAAGUACAUGUACACGAAUAGGAGAAACGUUCUGACAUUUUCAAAUCCAAACUACAAUGCGUCUGGGGCUGACGUUGGACCCAACAAUCCUCCAGCUGAGAAGAAAUCAUUCAUCUGGAAGAGAUUGAAAUACGAUAGUUCACAGAAAUCCAACUCAGCCAAAGUUGAAUGCCCGAUCAAACUGCAACAUCUACCUCUACGCUUCAUCCAAAUGAAUGAGACUGAAACAAUGUAGUUUUAGAUAUGUACAGCUCCAUGGCUUGAUCCCGAUGAAUCCCUGGUCAUGGAGCUAUCGUCUGAUGUCGACUCAAGAAUAUCGACAAUAUUCUAAAGAUAAAUAAAGAGAUUAUAGAAGUCAGAGCAUUCUAGGUAGACGAAAUAACCCAUCCACAGAGCAAAACCAGGAAGAAGGAAUAAAUCAGACUAAUUUUUGUAAGAUGUACCUGAUCGUUCCGUCAAGAGAGCUUGAGGAAACAACCUGAUUGGGCAUACGACCAAAGACUGAGUUGAAUAAAAAAAUGAAGCCAAUUGACAACUAGAAGAAAUAGAGAAUUAAAAGACAAGAAUGAUAGAUAUUUAAUGGGAAAAAUUGGGAAAGAAGGAAUCAAUAAUUCAUUGUAUUAUAGGAAAGAGUGUACGAGGACAAUGGGCCGACUCCGAGCCCUGAAGUUGUAUCACUGAUACCUCCCUCAGCAACUCCAAGCAGCAGUC